AUGGUCGCCGCCAAGAAACACGUCCCCAUCGUCAAGAAGCACAAGACGCGCUUCGCCCGUCACCAGAGUGACCGGUUCGACCGUGUCGGUGAGAGCUGGAGGAAGCCCAAGGGUAUCGAUGGCCGUGUCCGCAGACGCUUCAGGGGCACCAUCCGCAUGCCCAAGAUCGGCUACGGCUCCAACAAGAAGACUCGCUUCCUGACCCCCUCCGGCCACAAGGCUUUCCUCGUCCACAACGUCAAGGACCUCGAGCUGCUGCUGAUGCACAACCGCACCCACGCUGCCGAGAUCGCCAGCGCCGUCUCAUCCCGAAAGCGAAUCGACAUCAUCACCCGCGCCAAGCAGAUUGGCGUCAAGGUCACAAACGCCAAGGCCAAGGUCACGACGGAGGUCUAA